CAUGGAGGUGGCAACUGAGCAAUUCAAUGGGAGCCAAAUAUGGAUGCCCUCUCCAUUUGACAUCAAUGGCUCACUGGGGCCGAGCAAUGGCUCCAACCAGACAGAGCCGUACUAUGACAUGACAAGCAAUGCAGUCCUCACGUUCAUCUACUUCGUGGUGUGCGUUGUCGGGCUGUGUGGCAACACACUUGUCAUUUAUGUCAUCCUGCGCUAUGCCAAGAUGAAAACCAUCACCAACAUUUACAUUCUCAACCUGGCCAUUGCAGAUGAACUCUUCAUGCUGGGGCUGCCCUUCUUGGCCAUGCAGGUGGCACUGGUCCACUGGCCUUUUGGCAAGGCCAUCUGCAGGGUAGUCAUGACUGUAGAUGGCAUCAAUCAGUUCACCAGUAUCUUCUGCUUGACCGUCAUGAGUAUUGACCGUUAUCUAGCUGUGGUCCACCCUAUCAAGUCAGCCAAGUGGAGGCGACCCCGGACAGCCAAGAUGAUCAAUGUGGCUGUGUGGGGUGUCUCUCUGCUGGUCAUUUUGCCCAUCAUGAUAUACGCUGGCCUCCGGAGCAACCAGUGGGGGAGGAGCAGCUGUACCAUCAACUGGCCAGGUGAAUCUGGGGCAUGGUACACAGGGUUCAUUAUCUAUGCCUUCAUCCUGGGUUUCCUGGUACCCCUCACCAUCAUUUGUCUUUGCUACCUGUUUAUCAUCAUCAAGGUGAAGUCCUCUGGAAUCCGAGUGGGAUCGUCCAAGAGGAAAAAGUCAGAGAAAAAGGUCACCCGAAUGGUGUCCAUAGUGGUGGCUGUCUUCAUCUUUUGCUGGCUGCCUUUCUACAUCUUCAAUGUCUCAUCUGUGUCCGUGGCCAUCAGUCCCACCCCGGCCUUGAAAGGCAUGUUUGACUUUGUGGUGAUCCUCACCUACGCCAACAGCUGUGCCAACCCUAUCCUAUACGCCUUCUUAUCUGACAACUUCAAGAAGAGCUUCCAGAAUGUUCUCUGCUUGGUCAAGGCAGACAAUUCAAAGUCUGGAGAAGAGGACAUCAUUGCCUGGGUGUGACCUUGAGGAGAGCCGCCGCCCAGGAGAAAUCCAAAAAAACUAAACCAAACUCCCGUGUAUGUUGCUUAUACACUACAUAAUCUUGUGAUCUGAUAUUUACAUUUGUAUAUUCCUACCUAGUCUCUUCGGAGCUAGUGCAUACAUGUCCUGUGUUUAUAAACUGAAGUAGCUAGUUCGUGUGUGUCUAGUAUAGGUAAACAUUUACUGCAACAUUGAACCUGAAGAAAUGGACCCGCCAUGACAAAACCAAUCGAGUUUGAGCUUCCGGCGACUCUCUUGCAUGGGCCUUUCCCGGACCCAGGAGGAGUAU